GAAGUAGAAAUGUUUAAAUGUAAAGUGUAGUACGCUAGUUUAUAGAAGAAGCUUAGAUUUAAAUUCGUUUUCUAAAGAAAUCCAUUAAAGCUUGUUUUGUGUUGAAGGACAUUCCUUCGUUAAGGUGAUCGAAUCAAAGUCUGUGUUUCUGCAAAAUGAGGAAGAGCAUUUUAAGGUAACCCACAAGCAGCAGCCCGAUGACACGUGACAGAGAAAGUGUGUGUCUCUCCAGAGGAAGUGAGUGAAGUGUGUGUGUGUCCGUCAGUGUGUGUAGCGACAGGAUGCAGCUACCACCGUUCUGCCUGAUGCUCUCCUGUCUCCAGGUGAGUCCCGACCAGUCUCAGUUCUUCAGGUAUAAUUCGUUCUCUCUGAGCUGUGAGGACCAGCUGAACGGCACCGACUGGAUGUUGAAGAGGAAAACUUUUGGAGGCGGAGUCCGGGACUGUGGCUCCGGCUGGGGGACCACAGCCUCUGGGGUGAGCUGCACCGUGGGGACCACAGCCUCGGGGGCGUGCUGCACCGUGGGGACCACCUACCACUCUGACACCGGGCUGUACUGGUGCGAGUCCGGAGACGGGAAGAGGAGCAACAACAGCGUCAACAUCACUAUCACCGAUCGCCCGGUGCUCCUGAAAUCUCCUGUCCUCCCGUUGUCAGAAGGAUCCGAGGUGACGCUGCACUGUCAGGCCGAGUAUAUUUCCUCCGACCACACUUUCGACUUCCAGAGAGACGGCCUCUUCAUCGCCAGUAGCCGCACGGGAGAGAUGACCAUCCGCGGGGUUUCCAAAUCUGACGAAGGACUCUACAGCUGCAGCAUCCCUGAGGUGGGAGAGUCUGUGGGCAGCUGGCUCACUGUGGAAGAAGGUGAUUCAUUGUGGAAUUUCCCCCAACAAGAAGAAUCUACAGGAAACGGUACAGACAGAAACGGUUCCUCUUCAGCUCCGCCUGCAGCUUCCUGCCAGGUUUCGGUUCCCCGGCUGAUGUGUCACCUGGUGGUGGGAACUCCUUUCUUGCUGUCCACCAUAUUACUGGGACUCAUUUACAGAGACAGAAACAGAGCUCGGACGACUGCACAGAGACGAGGCAGCAAAGACGUCGUCAUGGAAAUAUGAUGAAUAUGAAGCUGUCAGAUCCUGACCAACUGGGAAAAAUGGGGAAAGAAAUUCUGCUCUACUUACACCAUGAUAAUGUUUUACUGCUAGUGUUUAGUUCCUAAGGUAAACAUACAUUAUGGUUGGAAGAAGUAUUGAGAUUUCUUAACUUUGUGUAAUAUAUUGAAUAUUUGUGCCUCUUUAUAUGUCAAAAAGAUGGUUUAAUCUUUAGGGAUGCAUUAUGUCAAAGAUGUAUUACGAUUUAUUUUUAUUUUAAAUAAAUGUAGUCUAGUAAAAAGUA